AUGUCGGCAACCACGGAGCGGCCGCGGGUCAUCUGCCCGGACAGCGGGCCCGAGGCCCCCUACCCGUUGCACAUGGAGGGCACCGUGAUAUCAGGGUUCGGGCGGGGCUCCAAGGAGCUCGGCAUCCCGACCGCCAACCUCCCCGUCGACGCCUCCGUGACGCCGUGGAUCGCCGACGCCACGUCGGGCGUCUACUUCGGGUACGCGUCGCUGCUGCUGCCCCGGGCGCACGCCGACUCGCUCUCGUCGUCAUCGUCGUCGUCGUCGUCGACCUCCACAGCGGAGUACCAGAUCUACCCGAUGGUCAUGUCGAUCGGGUACAACCCGUUCUACAAGAACACGGUGCGGUCGGCCGAGGUGCACGUGCUGCACCGGUUCGCGUCCGACUUCUACGACGCGCCCAUGCGGCUGCUGCUGCUGGGCUUCAUCCGCGAGGAGAAGGACUACAGCGGGCUCGAGGCCCUGAUCGACGACAUCAACAUCGACUGCGACGUCGCCCGCCAGAGCCUGGCCCGCCCCGCCUGGACCCCGCGCGAGGGCGUCGUCGGCGGCGGCACGGGCUCGCUGGACGGCGCCUGGCUGGUGAGGAACCCCCUACAGCCCUUUGCGGGCAACGGGGCAUCUGGUGGUGAGGAUAUGCGCGCUGAGUACGUGCGCAGACGUUGCGCACAGCCGAUACUUCCGCACAUUACAAUGGCAUCGGUGGGGUUGAAGAACAAGGCAAUGCCGUGCGACUAA